AUGGAAGGUCCUCUGUCGUUUAUUCAACUUAAUCCUGCCUGUCUAAUUCUUAUUGUACUAGGAUUUUUAUUGGUGGAUUUCUUAGUCAACAAAUGGUUCGGCCCAAAGGAAGAUUUUGACGAUUACAGAUGUUAUAUCAGCUUCAGCAGAAAAUGCGAGAAUGAGACUCCUUUGGUCAGAAAUUCUGGACUUAGUUAUCGGGCAAAACUUUUGGCUAGCGUCAAAAGAAGACUCGAUCAGCAGUUCUAA